GGGUGAGGGAGGCGGUCCGGGUGCUGACGCUGUGUGACGGAGCUCUGACGUGGACUGACGUAGACGUCUCAUCUUCCAGUAAGAGUGAGAGUUGAGCCUGGCGGAGCGACGACGUAACACCAGGAAAGGGAGCCCUAGAAAGAGUUCGGUUGUCGGACUGACAUAGGCGUUGGAACGGAAGUACGGUACCCUUAAAGCAAGAUGCGAAAGUUCGUGCAAGAUCAGAGGAUGGAUGGUGUGGAUGGCGGGGCUGGUGGGGGCAGUGGGUCAAAUGGGGACCCCUUGGCCACCGUCAACGAAGGGGGUGGUGGCGGGGGAGGGAGCAGCGCCGGAGGGGGGGCCUCUAUGCCUGCUGUGUCUACGGUGUUCGUCACCAUCCCCCAGACGGCAGUCGUCUCAGCAAAAGGAAUUCAGAGUGUGAUCCAGCAGCCAUCCCAGCCAAGUGUUAUACAGAGCACAGCUCUGCAAACAGUCCAGAUAUCCAAAGGGAACGUUAUUCUUCUUAAGCAACCCCCAAAUUCAGUCAUUCAGUCAGCUGGUGGAGGCAAUUUGCCUGCAGUACAGGUGCUGGACGCAGGAGAAGAACAGGACUCCUCCAGAAAACGUCAAAUCCUGGCAAGACGACCGUCAUAUCGGAAGAUUCUCAAUGAACUAGGUGGAGGUGAGAUAUCAGACAAAGGUGACGCUGGUAGCUCUGAUUCCUCACAAGACGAACCAACGGGAACAGUGACCAUUGGUGGGCAGCAGUAUCAGACGGCAGGUUUGUUGAAAGUGAUUCCUGCUGGGAGUCUACAGCUAAGUGGCCAAGGGAGUGACGGUCUUCAAACCAUCGCUAUGACAAAUGCUGCUACCGCUGGUGGAGCCAUUGUUCAAUAUGCACAAGGCUCAGAUCCCCAGUUCAUUGUUCCUGUUGCCACAAGUGACCUGAGUGGGUUGAAGAUAGCUACCAGCACUGGUGCAGCAGGCCUAACGCAAGGAGUAGUCCUUGCAACAGAGUCAAGUGUACACAGAGGUGAUCAAAUGGCUGAAGAAGCCACUCGCAAGCGAGAAAUCAGACUUAUGAAAAACAGGGAAGCUGCAAGAGAGUGUAGAGCCAAAAAGAAAGAGUACAUCAAAUGCCUUGAGAAUAGAGUUGCAGUCUUGGAGAACCAAAACAAAGCCUUGAUCGAAGAACUCAAAACACUGAAGGCUCUUUACUGCCAAAAUAGUUGAUAGCAGAGCGUAGAUGAAUUUGUCUCCCUCUAAUCUUUGCGCAGUGAUAAUAGCUCCAAGCAGCAGUUUCAACCUUGAAAAUAAGGUUAAUUGUGCCAGCCUUUGUCAUAUAAGACUACAAAGCAAAAUCAUAGCUGCUGCUGUUGUUGUCUAUUAAACUGGAUGGCUCCAAAAUGUUUGCCAGCUGCUCUCAUAAAACUGGAUGGCUCCAAAAUGUUUGCCAGCUGCUCUCAUAGACUUAGAGACAAAAAAAUGCCCUCGGCUAAAUUUUUAAACCAUUGUUGGAAUGUGAUUUCACAUGAGUAAUGGUAAGCUUGGUAUUACAUUUCAUGAGGUUUAUCCAUAAUACUGACUGCAAUUUUUUUUCCAUGUCUUCGUACCACUGAAGAACUGGAAAUCUCCUCGUUGAAAAACCUUGAUUAAAGGUUUGUAGGAACAUUUUUGGAAACAGAACUCAUAGUAAUCUGAGAAAAUGUCCAAGUGCGAAUCACUGUUUGUGAUAAUGUGACUGAAUUGUUACAGAGUAAUAAGGAAAUUUUAGUUAUGGUCAGCUUGUCUCAGGCAUUUGACCAGUAAUGAGAAGUGUCCUUGCGUCUGUAGAGUACUGCAUGCCAAUGUAAGGCAAGAAGUACAGUUUUGUUGUGCAUACAUCAACUGUAGAAGAACAGCUGAUGCAUCAUGGUGAUACUUGUAACAUGGUUUAUUUUCAUAAGUAGAAAGGUAUAUUCCUAGCUAUUGGCAUGAAUAGGUUUUGCUCACUAUUUCCAUAUCAUUGGCCAUCUGCAAUUUAUUUUUGGCUUAGCUGAAAUGUGUGCAAAACUUGAUGCAUUUUAUUUUCUUGACCAUUUCAUAACUUACAUUGAUUCAAAAAUUUAUGUAAUAUCUUGAGUGAUAAAAGAUGUUACUUGGUAUUAACAUAUUCCACCAACUUUAAGGAUUUUAAAGUAAUUUUUUGUACAGUGUAAUUAUUAUUAGUAUUAUUAUUAUUAUUAUUAUUAUUUUUUUUUUUUUUUUUUUUUGCAGUACAGAGUAUUUCCCUGACAGUGAAUGGAAUCUGAGGGAUAUUUAUAUAGUGAAAUCGUAUUUUGUCAAUCAAUUGUUAUCAUGAUUUGCUAGUCAAUUAAUGCGAUUUAGAAUCGCUGAAUAUAUUACCUUAGUGUAUUUGCCAUAUUUUUGUGGAGGAUGUGUUCAAUGAUAAAAAUUUAGGAGCCGCUGGAAACCUCUAACCUCAGUCCUCAAUUAGAAGAGGUUUAAUGGAUGUUUUAUGGAAGAAUUCUUGACAUAUUUCAUUGCCUGUGUCAUUUUUUCACUCAUUUAUUGUCUUGACAUUUCAUCAUUUGUAGAAUUUGACAUUUUCAAAAACUUCACCAUUAUUGGAUUUUAACCACAGGCAUAAACAUAAGUAUCUCAUUUGAGGGUAAGGCCCUAAUCAUCUCGUGAGGACAUAGAUUUUUAUUUUGAGACAAUUUAUAUUUUUUAAUAGACUGCCCUGUUUUAACUAACCAAAAACGGUAAUGGUUAAGUUUUGAUCACAUUGCACUUUGUCACAGCAACAAUUGGUAGCCUUCCCCCUCUUUUAUUUUUUUUAAUACAAAGUUGUUAUUGUAGGAUAAAUAAGAAAAGAAAGCUGUGAACAUGCUGGAAGUAUAAACCAAUAGUGUGCUGAAGUAUAAAACUGUUUUCAACUCUGCAACUCAUACAUACAUGUGCAGAUUACUGUGUAUUAAUCCUCCAAAAAUCCUAUGUUUUCAUGUUCUGUACUGUAACUGUUUCUGUAACAUCAAAAUGCAGUAUUCAUUGAUGAGGAAACCCAAAAUUAGUGCAUUUAUCCAUCACUACUGCUGUAACAGUAAAGUAGAUAUACUUAAAGCAGACUACUGUCAUGGCAAGUUAAUCUUUGUUUCUUUUUAAAACUAUUAAAUGCUACCUUGAUAGGUCUGUUGUCUGGUUCAACCUUAGUUUCAGCAAGGCUCGAACUUGAUGCUGUUGUAAUAUUUUUUUAUUAUAAGUUGCAUAAAGGUGUUUUGAUGAUGAUGAUUAUUAUUAUUAUUAUAUUAUGUGGUUCAACCAGACAUUUAGAAACUUCUUGAUCAGGUACUUAAGAGCGAUUCUUAUAUAAAAUGGGCAUGAAAUUUGUCAUGUGAGCAGUGCCUUUGGGGUUUAUUUUAUUUUUAAAAAAUUCUUAUGUAAUAUAUUGGAUGAAAAUUCUUUUUCUUGUGUUUUGUUGAUGCUCAGUUACAGUAGUAUUUAUUUAAAUUUCUUAAUCAGUCAAGUGUUGCCUCAUGUUAAAUACCUUUUGCAUGUAUAGAUGAACUGUAAUGUGUAAAGUUUAACAUAAUUUAAUUUUUAUUAACAUUUUUUGAGUAAUCAGAGACUUGUGUAGUGCAAGUAGUAAAUUUGAAUGUUGGAGGGUUUUUGGCAUAGAAAAUUAUGUAAGUUGAAACUUAAACCAGCAGUAUCUCUUACUAUUUACAAUUUCCUCAUACUUUUGCCAUAAUAGUGGCCUUUUGUCUUUUUUCUCAAGUUUAAAUAUGACUGCUCAAAAUGUUGGUGGUUUGUGUACAAAAAAAAAUUGAUUGCUGUUUCACCUGUGUUAUAAACUCUUACAUCUAGAUAAAUGUGCAACUUCAAUGUGUAAGAGUAUAAAAGCAAUUCCAAAGACCACCUCACCUGCUAUAGGCAGAGGCUUUUUUGACUGAAAAUGAUUGUUCAAAGUAGCAUCUGCAGUAGCAGCUGUUCAAUGUAGCAGCAGCACAUUACACACACCAGAUGAAGAAUUCUGUUGUCUGUCAGUAUAUGAAUUUUACUUGUAUAACUGAUCAUCUUCCCAGUGAGAGUUUAUGGCUGAAGUGAUUUAUAAACCUUAUGUACUUAAAAGAUUCUAAAGUGUAUACUCUGUACUUUCAAUUUUUUGUGUAUUUCUUUACUAAGUGUACAUCUUGAUUGCUAGAGAAUUUUUUUAUCAAGUAAAUUAAUGUAUGGUUUCUAUGUUGCCCUACUUGAAAGGUUCUUUGGUUUCAUGCUGCUGCUUUCAAGUAACAGAAUUUGUGAAUAAAAGUUGUUAAAUUUUUUUUUUUUUUUUAUUGAAAGUACAGUGCCACUAGACAACAAUUAAGCAAUUGUAGUAAUUAUUGAAAUAUCUGGAUAGGUGAAGAUGAUCAGUUUUAUACGGCAUUACUUUAUGGAUGUGACAUAUGAUUUAAUGUUUUGUAAAUAUUAAUAUAGGAUUGCAAAUGUGUUGUAAACAUGAUUGCCUGAAGGAAGAAGAUAAGUAUUUUUGAACAUUAAAAUGUUGUUGAAUAAA